AAAAAAAAAAAAAAAAAAAAAAAAAAAAAAAAACAAGCAAGGACCCAAAAAAGAAAAAGAAGAAAGAAAGAGAAGCAAGCAGUAACCCGAUACAAUACAAGCAAUAACAAAAUAAAAUAACAGCCAAUGAAUGUGCCGUACGCCUCCCGAAGCGGGCUGCUCGACGCUCGGGGCCAGCCGAUCCAAUCGGGACUGAGCUCCCCGGUCGCCCUGGACUUCAAAAAGGACGGCAUUGUGGUGUUCUCGGGAGGCACGGCGGCCAACUUUCUGGUGGACGUUUUCAACAGGAUCGUCGAGCGGCGCGGGUGCCCGCUCACAUACGUCAUUCCCAUCAGCGACAAUGGCGGAAGCUCGUCUGAGUUGAUUCGUGUGUUGGGAGGACCAAGCGUCGGCGAUAUAAGAAGUCGACUCGUACGUCUCAUUCCAAAUCAAGAGAAUGAAGAGAACACGGCCCUCAGGGCACUGUUUGAACAUAGACUGUCUGCAGACCCGGGCAGGGCCAAGUUGGAAUGGCUAGACAUCGUCGAGGGGAACCACAUCCUGUGGACCUUCAUCUCAAGCCCCAAGAGGGAGCUUAUUCGUUCCGUGCUGAACACGCUCAAUCUUGAGGUUGUCAAGCGGUCUCGACCGACCUCGCUCUUUAACUUUUCCAAAGCUAGCGUGGGAAACAUGUUUCUUACUGGGGCACGGUUGUUCUCGGGGUCUUUUGAGGCGGCAAUCUAUCUGCUGGCCAUGAUAUGUAGCAUCCCUACGACGGUUUCGGUGCUACCAGCCAUCAACUCCAACUUUACUCACCACAUCGCAGCCUCACUUGCAGACGGCACGGUGCUAACAGGCCAAGUCGCCAUAUCGCAUCCCUCGGCGCCGACAGCCGUGCCGGACUCCAUGGCGGCGGCGGCGGCGGCUGCUGCUGAUACUAACUCGCUAAGCCCAGCAGCAGCAAUGCGACAUCCACAACAAGGCAUCGAACCGACCGGCCCAGCAGCCAUGGCCCGUCUCGCCGCUGCAGCCGAGGCACUCAACACCGAAGACGCAACGCUACCCGGCUCUUUGCCGGUGCUGCGGUCGCACAACAUCAGCUUCAGCAAGGACGACGAGGAGGACCUGCCGGCGCGGAUCGGGCGCGUCUGGUACAUCAACCCCUACGGACACGAGAUCUGGCCCGUAGCCAACCCAAAGGUGUUGGCGGCGCUGCGUGGAGCCGAGGCCAUCGUCUACUCCAUAGGCAGCCUGUACACGAGCAUCAUCCCGAGCCUGAUCCUCAGGGGCGUCGGGGCGGCGAUUGUAGGGGGUGGGGGUGCGGCGGCCACCAAGGUCCUAAUCCUGAACAGCUCUGUCGACCGAGAGACGGGGCCCAAGGAAGAUCCCAUGACCGCGGUCGAUUUCGUGGUCGCCUUGGCAAGGGCCGCGUCUGGGGGUGAGGGCGGGGAGAGGGAUGCGAGGAGAUAUGUCACGCACCUCGUGUACUUGGAUAGUGAGGAAGGCGGCAGGCUUGCGCAGAGUGCAACAGCUGAAUUGGCCCCCGUUGUGGACGAGGCGGCCCUAGGAGAUAUGGGGAUUGUGUGCGUCAAGGUCAAGGGACGGUUGGAUACAUCUAGGGAUGCAUGUGGCGUGAGGAGGUACGAGGAGGGAGAAUUGACUGCGGCCUUGGAAAGGCUAUUGGAGAUGUAG